AUGUACAAAGUGGCUCCAUUGAAAACAAUUAGUCUUCCAAGGUUAGAACUUUGUGGGGCAGUAUUACUUGCUCGUCUCACAAGGUCCACAUGUGAACAUCUGAAUUUCAAACAGCGGGAUAUUUAUUUAUGGUCUGAUUCUACGAUCACCCUGGCUUGGUUGAGCAAACCACCCUAUCAGUGGAAGACUUAUGUGGCAAAUAGAGUUUCUAGAAUUCUCGAUCACGUCGGGAAUGCCAAUUGGUUACACGUGAAUAGCGGAGAUAAUCCCGCCGAUUUAGGAACUCGAGGAUGUACUACAACGGAACUAAAGGAAAACAAACUUUGGUGGAAUGGACCGAAAUGGCUUAAAGGCCAAAUUUCUGACUGGCCACAACAGCCGAUAUUGACACAACAUUCUUUGGAAAAGAAAACUAAUGCCUUUCAAACUCUUACAGAGCAAGAAGAUAUAUUAGACAGAUUUUCUUCAUACCACCGUGCCCUCCGGGUUUUGGCUUAUAUGUUCAGAUUUAUUAGAAACUGUCGCCGGCAGAUUGGUUAUAUUUCUACUAACGGACUAAUAACCUCGGAAGAACUGAAUUUAGUGAAAUACCGCGCUAUAAUUAUUUCACAACGUGCAUAUUUUCAUAGGGAGUACGAUUCCUUAAUGUUGAAUUCCACUAUCAACGUAAAAAGUAGGCUUUUGACAUUAAAUCCCUACUUAGACAAAAAUGGACUCUUACGAGUAAAUGGAAGGCUGUCGAACUCAGAUUUGAGCUUCAACGAGAAACACCCGAUCAUUCUUCCGGAGAAGUCGAAAUUAUGCAAGUUAUUGGUGGAUUUUACUCAUCAAAUUCUGAUGCAUGCAGAACAUCAAACUAUGCUUCGAUCCAUACGCCAGGAAUUUUAUGUUAUACGCCUUAGAAAUGUCAUUAGGCAAUGUAUAAGAACUUGCAAAAUCUGUACGAUAUAUAAACAUAGGAUUCGUAGUCAAAUUAUGGCAGCUUUGCCGCAGGAAAGAUGUAUAUAUUCACCUCCUUUUACGAAUACCGGGGUAGAUUUUGCAGGGCCGUUUGAAAUCAAAACUUCUAAAUUGCGAAAUGCUAAGUUGGAAAAAGGUUAUGCUGUUGUAUUUGUAUGUCUUUCCACUCGUGCUAUACAUCUAGAAGCAUGUUCAUCCCUUAGCUCUGAGGCCUUUUUAGCUACUUUUGAUCGUUUUGUUGGUAGGAGAGGAUUUCCAGUCAAAGUCUUUUCGGACAACGGCACCAACUUCGUUGGCGCUAAUCGAAUACUUGCAAAUGAAUAUAAAAACUUUUUAAAAUUGGCGGAAAAGGCAUUAGUGGAGAAAUACAGCAUUCAUGGUUUCUCAUGGCAUUUUAUUCCCCCCCAGGCCCCCCAUAUGGGUGGUUUAUGGGAAGCUGGGGUAAAAAGUAUGAAGGCCCAUCUCAGGAAAGUUGCGGGAAAUCUGAAGUUUACAUAUGAGGAAUUUUCUACGCUGCUGAUACGCAUUGAAAGUAUUCUGAAUUCUAGACCCCUUUCCCCGAUAAGCGAAACUCCUUCGGAACUCGUGGCACUGACUCCAGGACACUUCUUGAAGGGUUCCCCUUUAGUCGCAGUUCCUGAGGAGUAUUCCGAUAAUAUGUCUCUCAUUAGUCGAUGGCAACGCCUGAAGGUUUUACAACUUCAUUUUGCAAAGCGUUGGAAGAAUGAAUAUAUUUCCGAGCUACAAAGGAGAUAUAAGUGGAAGACCUUACAGAAGGACCUAAAGGAGGAUGACUUAGUGGUUAUCAAAGAUGAUAACUUACCUCCAACGGAAUGGAGGUUAGGACGAGUGACUAGGGUAUUUACUGGGAAUGAUUCCAAGGUUCGAGUGGCGGAUGUCCGUACUCAAAACGGGAUCAUGACCCGCCCACUAGUCAAACUUUGCAUUUUACCGAUUAGUCAACAACGACAAAUCACACCAACUCAAUAA